AUGGCUGCGGAAGAACCUAUCCGACUGCUCGUGUCGAACCAGCGCGCGUACUUGUGGGACUUGAACGACAUCCAGCGACUACGAGUGCAGCACCAUGUCGUCGGCCAGCUUCACGGCACCCUCCCUCAGGUUACCCAGCAGAACGUCUUUCUCGGCCUCCCUCUCGUCUUGCUGCCGGAAGAGGUCGUCCUGCUAGUCAGGAACAACUUGGCCGUCCUUGUCGACGACCGCGCUGCUCACCACCCUCCCACCGCCUCUCAAUCCGCCUCCUACCACGCCUCUCGCACAGCAGCGAUCAAGUCGCAACAAGAAGCGUCCUACGCAGCAGAGCAGGAGCGGAAACGAGAGAUGGAGGCGUUGCACCGGGACAAGAUCGAGAAGAAGCGUAGGGAGAAGGAGGAGUUGCGACGGAAACGGAAGGAGGCGGCGCAAGCCAAGCGGCGAGAAGAAGGCGGAGAAGCGGAAGGACGGCUGGAGGUCUUUGUGCCCGACUUGAAGGAGGGAGAGGCGAAUACGGGCCCUCCAGCGGCUGCAACAAGCUCGACAUCGCCUCAUCCGCCCAUCUCCGCUCCCUCGCCUUCAGACGUCGACUCGCAGAAGCCCGACAUCUCGAACGUCCCCUACACCAUCAUCAUCGAGCCCCGAUCUGCCUCCUUUCCCUGGUACGACCCGACCUCGCCUUCCGUCACCUACACCACUCUUGACGAGGCAAAGGAGGGUGGGCUGUGGAAUUACCCUGAGACGACACUGCAAGAAUCCCGGUGCAGGGUAUUUGAGGACCUGUGGCGCAAGGGAUACUACAUGGGCGGCGGCUUGCGGUUCGGAGGCGACUUCCUUGUCUAUCCAGGCGAUCAACUGCGCUACCACUCGCACUUCACCCUCACCGUCCUCUCGACUCCGUCAACUACGAUCAUGCCGCUCGACAUCGUCGCAUACGGCCGACUUGCAACAGCGGUGAAGAAGGCGCACCUCCUUGCGAGCUGGGAUGCGGACAAGCAGCAGGUCGUCUAUGCGAGUCUCGAGUGGGCUGCGUUUGGCUGA